UAAGCUAACCAUGAAGAAAAUUAUCAUCAAUACACGGCGCUCUUUUGUAAACAUUCCCAAUGUGAUUGUACCAGAUAUUGAAAAGGAAAUAAGAAGGAUGGAAAAUGGAGCGUGCAGCUCCUUUUCUGAUGAUGAUGACAGUGCCUCUGUAUUUGAAGAAUCAGAGAGUGAAAACACUCAUGCAACGGAUUCCUUUAGAAGUAGUAGACAUGGAAGGGAACAGCCAUCACAGAGGGAGCAGUACUUGCCUGGAGCCAUUGCACUUUUCAAUGUUAACAACAGCAGCAAUAAAGAGCAAGAACCAAAAGAAAAAAAGAAAAAGAAAAAAGAAAAGAAGAGCAAGCCAGAUGAUAAAAAUAAAAAUAAAAAGGACCCAGAAAAGGAAAAGAAGAAAGAAAAGGACAAAGACAAGAAAAAGAAGGAGGAGAAAGACAAAGACAAGAAAGAAGAGGAGAAGAAGAAGGAAGUCAUGGUUAUUGAUCCCUCAGGAAGCACAUAUUACAACUGGCUGUUUUGCAUCACCUUACCUGUCAUGUACAACUGGACCAUGAUUAUCGCAAGAGCAUGUUUUGAUGAACUUCAGUCUGAUUACCUAGAAUAUUGGAUCAUUCUUGAUUACUUAUCAGAUAUAGUCUAUCUUCUCGAUAUGUUUGUACGAACAAGGACAGGUUACCUAGAACAAGGACUACUGGUGAAGGAAGAGCUUAAACUCAUAGAGAAAUAUAAAUCAAACUUUCAGUUUAAACUUGAUGUUGUAUCAGUGAUACCAACGGAUCUGCUGUAUUUUAAUCUGGGCUGGAACUAUCCAGAAAUUAGACUAAACAGACUGUUAAGGAUCUCUCGAAUGUUUGAGUUCUUCCAGAGAACAGAAACAAGGACAAACUACCCAAACAUCUUCAGGAUUUCUAACCUUGUUAUGUAUAUUGUCAUUAUCAUCCAUUGGAAUGCGUGCGUGUACUUCUCUAUUUCCAAAGCUGUUGGAUUUGGAAAUGAUACCUGGGUCUAUCCUGAUGUUAACGAUCCUGAAUUUGGCCGUUUGGCUAGAAAAUAUGUAUACAGCCUUUACUGGUCUACACUGACUUUGACCACCAUUGGUGAAACACCACCUCCUGUGAGGGAUUCUGAGUAUAUCUUUGUGGUGGCUGAUUUCCUAAUUGGAGUGUUAAUUUUUGCCACCAUUGUUGGUAACAUAGGUUCUAUGAUUUCCAACAUGAAUGCAGCCAGAGCAGAAUUUCAAGCAAGAAUUGAUGCGAUCAAGCAAUACAUGCAUUUUCGAAAUGUAAGCAAAGAUAUGGAAAAGAGAGUUAUUAAAUGGUUUGACUAUCUGUGGACCAACAAGAAGACAGUGGAUGAGAAAGAAGUCUUGAAGUAUCUACCUGAUAAACUAAGAGCGGAGAUUGCCAUCAACGUUCACUUAGACACGUUAAAAAAGGUGCGCAUUUUUGCCGACUGUGAAGCUGGUCUGUUGGUGGAGUUGGUCUUGAAGUUACAGCCCCAAGUCUACAGUCCUGGAGAUUACAUUUGCAAGAAAGGGGAUAUUGGACGAGAGAUGUACAUCAUCAAGGAAGGCAAACUCGCCGUGGUGGCAGAUGAUGGAAUCACUCAGUUUGUAGUAUUGAGCGAUGGCAGCUACUUUGGUGAGAUCAGCAUCCUUAACAUUAAAGGCAGCAAAGCUGGCAAUCGAAGAACGGCCAACAUUAAAAGUAUUGGCUACUCAGAUCUGUUCUGUCUCUCAAAAGAUGACCUCAUGGAAGCUCUAACCGAGUACCCAGAUGCCAAGUGUAUGCUAGAAGAGAAAGGGAAGCAAAUCUUGAUGAAAGAUGGGCUACUGGACAUAAACAUUGCAAAUGCUGGAAGUGAUCCUAAAGAUCUCGAAGAGAAGGUCACUCGAAUGGAGGGGUCAGUAGACCUCCUGCAAACCAAGUUUGCCCGGAUCCUGGCUGAGUAUGAGUCAAUGCAGCAGAAACUGAAGCAAAGACUAACCAAGGUUGAGCAAUUUCUGAAACCACUUAUUGACACAGAAUUUUCAGCUAUUGAAGGAUCUGGAGCUGAAAGCGGGCCCACAGACUCUACACAGGACUGAAAAGCUGGUUAUUCAUAAGGACAUGCCUCAGGAUCCUUCUGGUGAUGUGAAGGAUCCUUCUGGCACCUGUAAGUUGAAAGAAGAGAAUGAUUCAGCUGGGAAUUUUCCCGUAAGGAAAAUAUGCUUCGCUGCAGGGCACAAGGCCGUACACUCACUUGUGAGGUACUGUGGCUAAAGCAUCAUCACACUUAGAAUUUGUCACAGUGGAUAACGUGCAAAGAUAUAAACCAAUUAACUUCUCAGUAUUUAUAUCUUCUGAUUUUUUCACAUAUGCUUCUUUUAUGUAACACUCUUUAUAAAAGUGAACAAGUAUCCCUCACUUUCAGGCAAUUUAUAUUGUUAAGGAGCAACUGGGAAUUACCGUGUACAUCGUGUUCAGGAUACCAUUUAAAAAG